CGGUCGUGAAAAUUUCACCGUUAAGUCUCAGUCUGUGUCCAGAAUGUCAACGUGUAAGGAUCUUGUCGUAUGUUUCCUUAUAUUAUGGAUAUUAUUCGUUAAUAACGCAAAAUGCCAGGAUCUAAAAGAAAUGUCUAAAACAUUGGACGAAAUGCUGGUCAACACUAGAUCAUUUCGAAGACCCCGAGAUCAUGGAGAUACAUCGGUAAUUUGGCAAGACUAUAAAUUCGGUACUGGGGCUGGAAAUCGAGAAGAAGUUGUUGUAACAAAUAUUUCAUUGCAUACACUUACUGAUAGCAUUGACACAUCAAUAAACAAUUGGCAAUUUUUGCAAACGGAAGCAAGUUACUUUAUUUGUGCUGAAAAUUCGACAUUACUUUUCUACAAGAUUAACUGGGAUGAUUUGUUAAUCAAACGUAUUACAAGUAUAUCGACUGAAGGACACAUAUUACAGUUUAAAGUUCUUCAUUUCAAUGUCAAGGCAACAUUUAAUGAAAAUCACAAAAACGAUUUAAUGGCAAUUCUACUUGUUGAAUCUCAAUAUGGUUAUUCCUUGUAUUGGUAUAGAAUUGUUGGAAAUACAUACAUGUUGUAUUCGACAUGGCCUGUACGCAAGCAAAUUCAAGGCAUGGAAUUCAUACGAGAAAAGAAUCAAUAUGAAUUAUUGCUACUUGACAAUGAUGAUGCAUAUCUCGAAGGGCAGUCGUUGAUUGAUAUUUACGGUUUCGAUAUUGAUUACAAUAAUCAUCGUAUCAAUAUAUGGUUUUGUCGGCGGUUAUUUGUUGCAAGAGUAUUUAAUGUCCAAGUUUGUCCAAUUUACGGACGCACUGUAUUGGCUUUUCAAGGAAUUGAUAACGUCAUUUUAUACGAAUCGAAACAUGAGGAUAAAUUGUGUCAAUUUGAGAAAUUUAAAAUUAUCAAAUCCAACAAACUUUCAAAUUUUGCCUGCUUCAAGAGUGGUUAUAUCGAAUACUUAGCAAUAGGUGGAAAGGAACCGCGUUUGUUGCACUUUUUUGAAAACGAAUUUCAAGAUAAUACUGAGACGAAUCUGCAUUUCGAUGAAACAAUCGAAAUUUUAUGGAUAGUCACUAUACCACUAAACACAUAUCGGGAUGAAUCUUUGUUACUGGUUCAAUUAAAAAAUUUAACAGUAAUCGCUUUAGCUUGGCACGGAUCAAAGUUUACGGUUGUGCCUUUACCCAAUCAAAUUAUAAAUAACUUUAAUCUAUCGAAAAUUGUCAUUAUUCCAAAAGUCGGAUUUGUGCAUACAAACAUGCUUGUACGUAUAGAAGUGACCUUAAGUGAAUCUGCGCAUCCUACUCACGAUGAGACGGAAAGCAUGUUAAAGACACGAGCUUUGUUAGAGGUAUGUUUCAUUCCUUGUGUAUAA